UGUCUGUAUAUGGGGUGCAGGGCUGGUCACCAUAGCAACCACAAGCAUUGGAGAGGCUACUAAAGAAAGCGUCUCUCUCCCUGUGUCUGUGUGUCUAUUUUUGUCUCAUAUGUUUUUGUGUUUCAGUGAUCUUCAGCUUUAUGUUAAAUGACCUGCGGCACAUGAAUCAGCUAAAUUUCUCCAGAAACAGAAAUCUGCGUCAUCUCUGUUUAUCCAGCAAGGGGAUUCUGGGAUUUCAAUGUGCGCUACAGUGGGAUCUGACGGAUCGGUCGGAUGGAUCUUUGAAGGGGGAUUUAUGGAUGCAGUCAUUGUAGUUCGCUGCUUACAUUUCUGCUUUGUCCGCGUGUGUCAAAGGCUACAGGAGGGAAUUGACAAGACCUACAGUGCCUAAAAUAAAUAGCUCAUUAGCGUGAAGAUUAUAGGAGAAUUAGUAAUGGUUGUCUGAGUGAUCAUCACUACUAGUGCUUCUAGAAUAAACCCAUCACAGAUUUAUGGUGACUGAAGAGCCUGAAUCAGAUAUGCAGACUGAGAUGAUGUGCUCGUACCUGGAGUCAGGAUGCAAGUACCUAGCCACCCUGAACAUCCUAAAAACUCUAUAGCAAUGUGCUGCUGUGAUUAAAAUUGAUUGUUAAUCUUAUAGCUAAUCUUUAACGUACAGGUGUGUGUGUUUGUUAUGUUCAGUGUGUUACAGUAAACUAUGACACACGGACCUCAUCUCACUGAGACUGUAAACACAGAAGAUGAGAGUCAUUCCUCCUCAUCCGUCUGUCCGCUGUGUCGUCGUAGUUUUGAUGUUGCUCUGAUGUUGCCCUGUUCUCACACACUGUGCGGCCGCUGUUUAACCGGAGGGGCACGGCUGGGUGGAGUCAGGGGUGUGUCUUCAGCCCCUCGUCCAAUCUGUGCAGUUCUCUGUUCAAACUGUCGACACAGCGUCGAGCUGCCAUGCUUUGAGUGGUCAUCUGCAUUGACCUGUUUGCCCUUUGACCCUACAGUAAUGCUUGACCCUAAAGUAAAGGAGGAGACAUUCACUGAUGGCAGUGUAGAUCUUUCUGAAGAAGAAAUGGAGAAAUCUGUUUCAGGUCUGGUGUUCACCCUGGAUUCCUCGUGUUCUGACCCAAACCUUAACCUCUCAAACUCCUUCCUCACUUUGACCUUUAGUGGUCAAACACCUUCAGCUCGUGACCGUGAUGUUUGUGAGUCUCGUGCUCUUCCUCAGGUGUGUGGAGGUGUGUCUGUCUCCAGAGGACAGUAUUAUUGGGAGGUGGACGUCUGCAACAGCGUCAUCUACAGGAUAGGUGUGAUUUCUUCAUCGGAUAAUCGUGGCUGGUGGCUGGAGAGGCGUGGCUCUGUUUUUCAUGCUUUGAUUGACGGACGUCGUGAGCUCCUCCCCUCUAUACCUCCUCAGGUGAAGACAGUGGGUGUGUUUCUGAAUGUGGGCGGGGCUUCUUUAACCUUCCACAAUCCAGUCACUCAAGAGUUUCUGGCCGCGAUCCCCUCGCGCUUCACUGUUCCCCUCCGCCCUGCUCUUCAAUUGGGCCAGGGAAAGUUGAAGCUCCGCCCCGGUUUGUCACCACCCAAUCACGUCUUUCUCUGCCAUAACUCUGCCUAUCGAGGGCCAGGUGGGGCAGGAUCUGGACGCUGGAGGCGGGAUGUGUCGUUCGGAUCUGUGAAGGCGGUGAUAGAGAAGUUUGAGGAGAUUUCAGGAGGGUCGGACUCAGAUUCGGGUCUGAUGUCUGGUUUCUGCUCCAGCUCAACUCUCGGCUCACUGUCAGAACCCGUGGAGAACUCCAGCUGAGUAACGAGAAAGAUUAACCUGAAGGCUGCAACCUGCGGAGGUCGCAUAUGCAGGCUGCAUUAGUCAUCAAGCCUGGUUUAUUUGUUACCUAUUCGCAAGUCAUAAACAUAUUACAACAAUUUACGAUUAACUAGGAAUAACAGUCAACUUUAUAAUUGUUAAUAUUCUGAUAUAAGACAGUCUUGUUGACAUAUGCAGCCUGCACAUGUGACCUUCAGAGGCUGCAGCCUUCAGAUUGAGAAACGCCCAUACGGUAAAAAAUAUAUUUUCAAAUAUCAUUUUAAAUAUAUUCCAAAAAAUAAAAAAGGCCCAAAAAAUAUUUGCUUGAAAUAUAUUUUAAAAUAUAUUUACAAAAAUGUUUUUUCCACCAGUAUAGGUUUUUAGCCAUUUUUGGUAUAUAUACAUUUUUUUUAAAGCAUUUAAAUAACGUCACAUUGAAAGAAAAAUGUACUUUAUAAAAUUGUACAUUUCAUACAUCCUUUGCGAACUUUUAUAUUUUGGCCCGGAAAAAUAUAUAUAUUUUGUAUGGGUUGGAAAAUUAAAAAUGUAUUUGUUGCCCCUGAAAAACAUUUUGAAAUGUAGGCUAUGUUAUAUUUAUAUGAAGGUUAAAAAUAAAUAUAUUUUCAAAUAAAAAAAAUAAUAUUUAAUUAAGCUUUACUUUUUACAAAAUAUUAAGCCUUUUUUAAUCAUAUUCAAAAUAUACAAAAAUAGCCCAAAAAAUAUUGCUGAAAUAUAUUUUGGAAUAUGUUUAAAAACAUUUCACCAAUAUAUUUUUUUCUGUAAUUUUUAAAAUAUUUUUUUAAAUAAAUAUAUUUUAAAUCUUUUAAAAUAUAUAUUUAGCCCUCCAUAUAUUUCAAACCAAGGAAAUUUGGUAAACAUAACUGGUUUGAAAAGGUUAAAGUUAAAUAUAAUUUAAAUUUCAAAAAUAUACUUUAUAAAAUUAUCUUAGAUUUAGCAUAUAUUUAAAAUAUAUUUUGACCAAGAAUACACUUUUGCCAUAUGGGUUGAAAAUUAGAAAUGUAUUUUGAAAUAUAUGAAGGUUUAAACUAAAUAUACUUUUAGUUAAAAAAUUAAAAAUACACUGUUAAAAAUGUUGUUGUAGUUAUGCAGCUGUUUUCUUACUUACUGUAAAUUUAAAUGUAUGUUAUUUACUGACAACAGUUUGUUAAAGUUAAAUGGUUAUUAAACAUUAACAAGUCUUUAUCUUUACAGAAUAAAAAUAUAAAAUAACAGCCUCGUGCAUCCUCAUCAACCUUUUUCAGUUUUUUUCUUCAGAUUUUGGUUCCCAGAAUGCUUUGCAUGAGGCUGUUAUUUAUUUAUUUAAAUUGUUUUGGCUUUUUUGGCUUUUAUUUUAACAGUAGUUGAAGAGAGGACAGUAUAGGGAGGAGAGAGGGUUAUGGGAUUGGCAAAUGACCACAAGUCGGGAAAUGAACUCGGGUCGCUGAAAGUGCAAAAGCACCACAUCGGAGCGCUGCCCAUACACCAUCGGCUCUGACUAUUUUAGUUUAAUUCUGUAAAGAUAAAGACUUGUUAUUCUUUAAUGAUCAUUUAACUUUGAACAAAUUGUUGCCAGUAUUUAAAUCUACAGUAAGUUACUGGAAAACAGCCUGCAAUACUGUAAUUUCUACAGACAAUUUUAACAGUUUGUAUUUAAUUAUGCUUUACUUAGCAUAUAUUUAAAACAUAUUUUGGCCAGAGAAAUGUAUUUUUUUGCCGUAUGGGCUGUGUGUUUGUAUUUAACAUGAAGACCAAAAGAAAACAGAACGAGUCCUUUACAUCAGGAGGAUUUUACAAAAAGCAGGUUACAUGACACCUGGUUUAACUUAGACUUAUUUAUUUCUUCAAACUGCCUUUCUGGUACUCUGCCUCCUGUAAAUAAAGUCAUGUGUAGUGUUUUUAAAAACCAAUAUUGGGCCUUUUACAGCUGGAAAGCCAUUGUCUAAUAAUGUGACCCUGUCUGUGAAGUCU